AACGGGAUAUCGAAGGCGACUGGUCACACUGUCUACGGCCACAUCAAAUCUGGGGGUCUGGCGUGUGACCCUGUUAUUUCUAUCUUGCAAUAAAAUAGCUGUGUAAUCUUAGUAAGGUAGUGCGUCGUUGAAAUAGUGGGCGAAUUGUAAAUUCUAGUGGACUAUAUGUGUAAAAUAUGGAACGCGCUACGGGAACAGAAGUGUACGGGUGUGGCUCCCCGCAGUCGACGGACAUAACGCUGAACAUACAAACGACCACUGGUGGUAAUUUCUCAAUCAGCUUGAACGAUAAAAAUACAGUGGAGCAUCUCAAGAAACUCGUCUCAAAGAAGUUAAAAGUGUCUAAGGAUCGGAUAUGCUUGUUGCAUCGCGAAAGGCAAUUGCGAGAGGGGACGCUGGAGGAGAACGGGCUUCUGGACGGGUCCCGCGUCAUUCUACUACCCAGCGUCGAGACGGGCCUGCUGAGUCAAAGACCCGAGAACUCCGUGAUGCAGGCGCUGGAGUCCCUCAACGACACGCAAGUUAACGACUUCCUCACGGGAAAGUCUCCACUUAAUUUAACCAUGAGAUUAGGUGACCACAUGAUGUUGAUUCAGCUGCAGCUGUCAACCCUGAACUCGGGGGCGGCGAGUGGCAGCCGCUCCCUUAGGACCUCCACACCCACCAAGAGCACCUCGGUUCGUACAAAACGAGAUGCCAGGGAAACUCCCAGCCCUCAAUGCACACCGGAAAAACCUUCAAACUCUGAAGACACAGCAGACACGGAGAAAUUAGGUCUGCCAAAACAGACACACACUCUUCAAAAGCAAGAUUUGGAAAUACUGCAAAAUGCCUUUGAUUUGUAUUUAGCUGAAGAAAAUUUGAAAAAAGAAACGUGUGACACAAAGGAUGAAUCUUUAGACACCACAAAUUGUACUCUCUCAGAUCUGUCGGACACAUCUAUAGAGAAUGACCAGUCUCCGAUCAAGUCCUUAUCCAAUUUGGUGUCCAGUCCUAUAGACGCAUCUACCUCUGAGAGCCGAGAAGCGGCAAUUGCAAACUCUGUAAAAAGUAGUUUGAUAGAUUUGUUGUCGAAGAGUAAAUUGCAUCAUGACAUGCUCGCCUCCACCAGCAGCUCCCCGCACGCGCCCUGCCCGGCUCUCACCCCUGACAGCUCCCUCAGUGAUGACAGCGACACCUUUACUGACCAGAGCUCAUUCUUAGCUGAAAGCACCAUCGAUGAGUACCCUAUGGAAAACCUAUUCAACAGUGCCGUUGAUAAAGGCCUGUUUGAGGAUCAAGACGAGUCUAUGAUGGAUAGAGAGAUCUCAAACCUGGCCACAACCAGCCAUGGCACUCCGGCUGCUUCUGGCGCCUUGCCUUCCUUCCAAAGCAUUGAACCUUUAAAAAAUAAGCGCUUCCAAUAUUUACUCCACAAGACAUCAAAAUUCAAGCAUCCUAUUGGUCAAAAUAAACAAAAAGCCUUUAUGCAAUCUGUUGUGAAUAAACACAAGAAAAGGAUGCAAUUUCGACAAGAUAGUAACCUUGCGCAACCGUCCACCUCCCGUACUGAGCCUUUCAUAACUAACUCCAGGAAGCUAAUAUUGCAGCCAAGUGCUCAGAGUGAAGACGCAGACCUAGCCACUCCCUCUACUUCUAAACAAAUUCCAUUUAUAGCUCCUGACGCGCCCAAGAAGCCGCAGCGAGCGUCCCCCACGCCUCCUGUCGACACUAAAGCCCUUAUAGAGGCUUCAAAGAACCUCACGCAAAAGUUGAAGAAACUGUCUAAAGAAGUGCUGACAAAUAAAAUAGAUCUCAGAACUGCUGAAGAGUCAGUGCGCUCAAAGGUGGGCCCCGGAGCUGUGAUAGAAUCCAUGAAGCAUCAUGGUAAAGGAAUAUAUUCGGGAACAUUCUCUGGCACACUGAAUCCUGCUCUGCAAGACAGAUAUGGCCGACCAAAGAGGGACAUCUCCACAAUUAUUCACAUUUUGAACGACUUGCUGUGCGCCGCUCCGCCCAUCGCUCUUGUUCAGAAGGAACCAAAACACACAUGUUCAACCACUUUGGAGGAGACGAAAUGCUCGAGCUGCAGCCAGACCUGCUCCACGGUGCAGUGCUCGGGCUCCACGCCCUGCCUUAAGUGCGACACCGCCAAAGCCCUGGCCAUAGAAAACUCCAAGACUAAGUGCAAGCUAGAGCAGCUCCGGCUCGUCAUGCAGCAGAAAAAGCAGCGUCGCGAGGCGCGCAAAAUGAAAACCUUGCCUUACACCGGGGUACCAGCCAAGACUCUCGCUUCGCCGGACCAGCCGACCAUGACUGAAGAAAUAGAGACGGUUGCUUAACACGCGAUCAUGCUCUAAUCAUCACCCGCUCUGUAGUUAGUAUUAUAAGAUAAUGCAUGAACG